AUGGCCCCCAUCGCUAUCGACAGCCAGCUCUCUCAGUCCCACGCCAAGGUGACGCCCGACGUCAACCGCUUCAACAAGGAGGACGGCCGCACCAUCGACCUCGUCCUCGGCCAGUUUCGUUGCCUCAUCGCCGACCUCUGCCAGCAGUUCAAUGGAGGCCAUCCAGGCUCGGCCAUGGGCAUGGCCGCCAUUGGCGUCGCCCUCUGGAAGUACACCAUGAAGUACGCCCCCGGCAACCCGUCCUUCUUCAACCGCGACCGCUUCGUCCUCUCCAACGGCCACACGUGCCUCUUCCAGUACACCUUCCUCCACCUCACGGGCUACCGCGCCAUGACCAUGGAACAGCUCAAGUCGUAUCACUCGGCGCGGUACGACUCGCUCUGCCCGGGUCACCCAGAGAUUGAGCACGAGGGCAUCGAGGUCACCACUGGUCCGCUAGGUCAGGGUAUCGCCAACGCGGUCGGUCUCGCCAUGGCCACCAGACACCUAGCCGCCACGUACAACAGACCCGGGUACGACCUCGUCAACAACACAUCAUGGUGCAUGAUUGGCGACGCCUGUCUGCAGGAGGGCGUCGCGCUCGAGGCCAUCCAGCUCGCCGGCCACUGGCGCCUGGGCAACCUCGUCGUCAUCUACGACAACAACCAGAUCACCUGCGACGGCAGCGUCGACAUGUGCUGCUCAGAGGACGUCAACGCCAAGAUGGACGCCUGCGGCUGGCACGUCAUCAACGUCCACGAUGGCUGCCACGACGUCGAGGGCCUCGUCAAGGCCCUCCUCCAGGCCAAGGCCUCCACCGACAAGCCCACCUUUGUCAACGUCCGGACAGUCAUUGGCGUCGGCAGCAAGGUCGCCGGCGAUGCCAAGGCCCACGGCGCCGCGUACGGUGUCGAGGACGUCCGGAGCAUCAAGCAGGUCUUUGGCAUGGACCCCGACGAGCACUUUGUCCUCACGGACGAGGUCUACGGCUUCUUCGCCGACUGCAAGACCAGAGGCCAGCAGCUCGAGGCGAACUGGCAGUCCCUCCUCGCCGCCUAUGCCAAGGAGUACCCCGAUCUCCACGCCGAGUUCACCAAGCGCGUCAACGGGGAGUUCACCCAGGACUGGCGCAGCAUCAUCCCGCCCAAGGAAGACCUCCCCACGACACCCACCGCGUCAAGAAAGUCCGCCGGCCUCAUCUGCAACCCGCUAGCCCAGACGCUCCCCACAUUCCUGGUCGGCACCGCCGAUCUCUCGCCAUCCGUCAACAUGAUGUGGAAGGACAAGGUCGACUUCCAACACCCCGACCUGCGCACAUCCUCGGGCCCCAACGGUGACUACACAGGUCGCUACAUCCACUGGGGCAUCCGCGAGCACGCCAUGGCCAGCAUCUCCAACGGCCUCGCCGCCUACGGCAAGGGCACCAUCCUCCCCGUCACGUCCACCUUUUUCAUGUUCUACCUCUACGCCGCACCGGGUAUCCGCAUGGGCGCCCUCCAGCACCUCCAGCAGAUCCACAUUGCCACGCACGACUCCAUCGGCACCGGCGAGGACGGUCCCACCCAUCAGCCCGUCGAGCUGGCCGCCCUCUACCGCGCCAUGCCCAAUCUACUUUACAUCCGGCCCUGCGACUCGGAGGAGACGGCGGGAGCCUUCAUCGCCGCCCUCGAGGCCACAGGCACACCCAGCCUCCUGUCCCUGUCUCGACAGACCCUCACGCAGUACCCCCAGCAUUCGCGUCGCGACGGCGUGUGCAGGGGCGCCUACGUCUUCAUGGACGAGGACGAGCCCGACGUCACGCUGCUCGGUGUCGGUGCCGAGAUGUGUUUCGCCGUCCAAACGCGCGACGAGCUCGCCCGGCACGGGGUCAAGGCGAGGAUCAUCUCGUUCCCCUGCCAGCGUCUCUUCCAGCAGCAGUCACCCGCCUACCGUCGACAGGUCCUUGGGUCUGCGCCCCGGGUCGUCAUCGAGGCGUACGCCGUCCAAGGGUGGGAGCGUUACGCGGACGCGGGGUAUUGUAUGGCCUCGUUUGGCAAGUCGCUGCCGGGGAAGGAUGCGUACACCUUCUUCGGGUUUGAGGCGACGCGUAUCGCGGGGCGGGUGCGGACGUGGCUGGGGGAGGUGAGGGGAUUGGGGGCGGAGGGUUUGCGAGGGGAUUGUGUGGAUUUGAAUCAAGUGCCCGAGGGGCAUCACUGA